AAAGGACCCCAGAAGCCCUAGCCAAGGCAGUGGAAUAUAUGAACAGUCUUGAAGCCCCAGCCUUCAGGGGAGGGUUCAUUCUCGAGAAAGUCAUGGGCCCAAUUUCCACGGGCCAUUUGGAGCUUCGAACCCGAAACCCGAACGACAACCCAUCAGUGACAUUCAACUAUUUCAAAGAUCCCCAAGACUUGGAGAGAUGUAUCCAGGGCAUUGAGACCAUAGAGAAAAUAAUUGAAUCAAAGCCCUUCUCCAAAUUCAGAUAUGACUAUCUGUCUUUAGCAGCUCUGCUCAACAUUACAGCAAACAGCCCAAUUAACUUGUUGCCCAAGCAUGCCAAUGCCUCAAGGUCUUUGGAUCAGUUUUGCAAGGACACUGUGAUGACCAUAUGGCACUACCAUGGAGGCUGCCAAGUUGGGAGGGUUGUUGAUUAUCAGUACAAGGUUCUCGGCGUUGAUGCUCUUCGUGUUAUCGAUGGUUCGACGUUUAUUUACUCCCCCGGAACCAAUCCUCAAGCCACCGUAAUGAUGCUUGGAAGGUACAUGGGGAAAAGAAUACUGGAUGAGAGACUUGCUAGCGAUGGAAAUUGAUCAAUUGGGUCUUAUUACAGCAUUGUUUGACUGCAUCUGCAUGCAGAUAUCGAUGGGGUCUUAUUAUAUAUGUAUGAUUGGCAUACCAAAGGGACUUCCCAUUUGUCCCCAACAUAGUUCGCCAUAUCGAUGAGAAAAUUAUGUAUAAUGUAUAUUUCGGUUUUAUUU